UCUUUUCAACACUCUCUCUCUCUCUCUCUCUCGAUCUUCCAUUUUAAUCAUGGCGCCGAUGUUAGGAGGAGGUGGUGCCGGCGGCGAACACAAGGUGAACUUCGCCGCACCGAGAAGCUUCAAGACGGCGUUCAAGUCUGAUUUGAAGGAAACUUUCUUUCCCGACGAUCCUUUCCAUGAUUUCAAGGGCAAGUCGUUGCCAAUUAAGGCGAAGAAAACGUUACAGUAUUUCGUUCCGAUCUUUGAAUGGCUCCCGAAUUACACACGUAGGUUGUUCCUGUAUGAUCUUUUGGCCGGAAUCACCAUUGCCAGCCUCGCCAUUCCUCAAGGAAUCAGCUACGCUAAGCUCGCUGACAUUCCACCCGUCAUUGGUUUAUAUUCAAGUUUUGUUCCCCCGCUAAUAUACGCGGUUUUCGGGAGCUCGAAGCAUCUAGCCGUCGGAACAGUAGCCGCGAGCUCAUUGAUCAUAGCCGCAACCCUCGAAAAAAAAGUGGAUCCAGCCACUGAUCCAAAACUCUAUCUUGAUCUAGUCUUCACUACCACACUCAUCUCCGGUGUAUCUCAGUUGAUUCUUGGUGUUUUCCGGUUGGGAAUUCUGGUGGAUUUCUUGUCACAUUCUACGAUCACUGGGUUCAUGGGUGGAACAGCAACACUGAUCUGCCUUCAACAAUUGAGAGGCAUAUUUGGUUUGAAGCAUUUUACUACACAUACCGAUGUCGUAUCGGUUAUACGUGCCAUCGUGAAGUACAGAAAAGAGAUAAGAUGGGAAAGCACGUCUAUUGGUGUGAUUUUCUUGGUCUUUCUUCAGUUCACAAAAUUUGUGAAGCAAAAGAAACCGAAGCUUUUCUGGGUGUCGGCAAUAGCUCCAAUGGUGGUCGUCGUAAGUGGAUGCGUGUUUGCUUAUCUAGCGCAUGCGGAGAAACAUGGAAUCGCAAUCGUGGGUGACUUGAAAAAAGGGAUUAAUCCUCCCUCCUUGCAUAGAUUGAACUUUGAUCCCAAAUAUAUAUCAGCACCUAUUCAAGCUGGACUGAUAACAGCCAUGAUUGCUCUUGCUGAAGGAAUAGCAAUAGGAAGAAGCUUUGCCAUAUUGGAAAAUGAACAAAUUGAUGGUAACAAAGAGAUGAUAGCUUUUGGUCUCAUGAACAUUGUUGGAUCUUUCACUUCCUGCUACUUAACCACAGGGCCGUUUUCAAAAACCGCGGUGAAUUAUAACGCGGGGUGUAAAACACAGAUGGCGAACGUAGUGAUGUCGAUGUGCAUGAUGCUAACGCUCUUCUUCUUGGCACCGCUCUUUAGUUACACUCCUCUUGUUGCUCUUUCGGCCAUUAUCAUGUCCGCGAUGCUUGGUCUCAUCGAGUAUGAGAAAGCAUACCAUCUCUACAAAACCGACAAGUUUGAUUUCGCUAUUUGCAUGGUCGCUUUCUUUUGUGUCGCUUUCAUUAGCAUGGACGUUGGCCUCAUGUUGUCGGUGGCAUUAGCAUUGGUACGAGCCUUAUUGUAUGUAGCCAGGCCCACAAGUUCGAAGCUCGGCAACAUACCAGACACGAGUUUCUAUCGUGACGUAGAACAGUAUCCUGGUGCCACCGACAUCCCCAAAACUCUAGUUUUGCAACUCGGUUCUCCAAUCUACUUUGCGAAUUCCGGAUACAUUAGAGAAAGGAUUUUGAGAUGGGUUAGAGAUGAAAAGGCCAAGAAAGAUUCCCAAGGAGAUGAUGUUGAGUAUGUUAUAUUAGAUUUAGGAGGUGUUACGUCUAUUGAUAUAACGGGUGUCGAAACCCUAGUCGAAGUUCGUAGAAGUUUGGAAGCCAAACAAAUCAAGAUCGUUUUAGUAAAUCCCAGACUGGAGGUCAUGGAGAAGUUGAUUGUUACGAAUUUCAUAGAAAAAAUCGGGACAGAAUGCGUGUUCCUAUCUAUCGAAGAUGCAAUCGACGGGUGCAAGUUUUCACUCACGAGAAUGAAGGAUUACAAUAGUGAAUAACACCGUCAAUAGAUAGAAAGUAGUUUGGCUCGUUUGUAUUUCAACGAAGAAAUUAUGUUGUAUUUAUCAUCUAUAUGAUUACUUGUAAACACAAGAAUCACUGUUGCAGUACAAAAGUUGAUACGAAAAGUAACUGGUAAAUGAAAAAUAUGAAUUUUGGGAUA